AUGGCCCGAGUGCAUACGACAGAGAAUGCAACGUUCCAGGAGAUUCUGGAAGCCGUCCACAAAGACUGCGUUCAAGCUCUAGAGCAUCCAUUUGCCGCCGUCGACACCGCUCGCGAGCUCAACCCAGGGCUGCUGAAUACCCUUUUAAACCAUCGCCAGCAUGAUACACUCGACAUCUCGCUGAGCGACUUUGAACUCUGUGUCGAUGAGUUCGAUGACGGUAUCACUAGCUAUCUCACAUACCGGGAGCGGAGGGUUCUCCCUGAAAUGUUAAAGGAUUUUACUCAUGUUUUCAUCAACUGUUUGUCUCUUGUCCUGGCCAAUCCAGAUAUCAAAGUGACGGAGCUGGCUACGAGGGCUAGACAAUGA